AUGAUCGCCGCCGCAGCAGAAGGCGCGGCCACCGCCUUACCGUUCGUCUCCACCACCUUCCACCGCCCGCGCCGCGCCGCCGCCGUCGUCCCGGCCCACGCCGCCGGUCCCUCCUCGUCCUGGGAGGAGCGCGAGGAGGCGCGGUGGCUCCGCGAGGAGUCGCGCUGGCGCGACGCCCUCCUGGCCGAGGUCGCCGCGCUGCGGCUCCGCCUCCGCGCGCUCGAGGGGACUCACCCUGCGGAUCACCUCGCGGUCGCCGUUGACGCUGUGGCCUCGCCCGCGCCCCCGGCCGCGGUGCCCUUGCCGCAGCCCAGGCCGGUGCUCAUCGAGGCGGCCGCGGUCGAGGUGAGGAAGGAGGUGGUGGUGGUCGAAGAGAAGAAGGUGGCGGUGGUGGCCAAGGCCGAGGCGGGGAGCGGCGCAGGUGCCGGCAAGAGCAGGAGGACGCUGAGGGCGGGGGCCGAGGGCGAGGACGUGCGCGCGAUGCAGGAAGCUUUGCUGAAGCUCGGUUUUUACUCGGGCGAGGAAGACAUGGAGUACUCUACUUUCUCAUCUGGCACCGAGCGAGCUGUCAAGACAUGGCAGGCAACGGUAGGAACUUCAGAGAACGGAGUCAUGACGUCGGAGCUACUUGAGAGGCUAUUCUCAGGGAAGACGGGGGAAGAUGCGAAAAUGAAAAAUGUGAUGGAACAGGUGAGCCAAACAUUGAACCGCAGUUCUUGGAGUGGGUUGGUGAAGAUACAAAGUGCCCAUACUGUGAAGGACUUGGUUCCAUUUGAUGUGAUGUUUGUGAUGGGAAGAAAGUAA